AUGCUUCCACUGGGCCUUUUGACGGCCGCGACGGGCCAUCCCAUGCUCGUGGAGCUGAAGAGCGGCGAAACUCUGAACGGGCUGCUUGUCAACUGCGACACAUGGAUGAACCUGACGUUAAAAGAGGUUGUGCAGACGAGUGCCGACGGCGACAAGUUCAUGAGAUUACCAGAGAUCUAUGUUCGCGGUAGCACAGUCAGUUUCCAAUCUCCUUCUCUGGUAUGCUUUGCUGACGGUUUCCAGAUAAAGUACCUCCGAGUGCCGGACGAGAUCGUCGACGUUGUAAAGGAACAGCAAGCCAAGGACCAAGCGAAUCGCGGCGGCCGAGGAGGUGGCAUGCAUGGACGUGGAGACCACCGAGGCGACCGUGGUGGGGGCAGAGGCAUGAGGGGCCGAGGACGCGGUCGCGGAAGAGGAGGAGGUGGUGGUGGUGGCGGCGGCGGAGGUGCUUGA